GAGAGAGAGAGAGAGAGAGACAACCCCGAUAAUAUGCACGCGCCUCUGCUCGAAUGACUCUUGUGGCAUCGUUUCUGGUGACGCAGGUCUGCACCCACAUAAUCGCAUGGCGAGAAACGAGGAGGGAAGGUCCGAUACGGGAUGCUAUCGAGAGCGGCGCCGCCGCUGAGUACAACAAAGACGAGUGCGUCUGGAGGCGUGGAAAUGACCGUGACGUCUGCCCGGACCCGGAUGUACACGUGUACCUGUACUCUCCAGGCCGAUCUCGACGGCUUCUGGACCCCCUCGAGCAAUCCGAUUGGCUGCGGCAGGAUUACGAGCCCUCUAAGGACAAUGUGAUCCUGGUACACGGAUACGCAGGUGGCGACGACACUUUGCCCAUCGCGAUUUUGCGCGAUGCUUACCUGAGAAAUGGCAGCUAUAAUGUGUUUCUGGUCGACUGGGGCGCAUUAUGCGCUCGGCCGUGUUAUCCAGCUGCGGUAAUGAAUAUACGACCGGUAGCGAGAUGUCUUGCAGGUACCUUGACAACCUUAAGAAACCUUGGUUUACCAAUGGCUAGGACUACCUGCGUUGGCCAUUCUUUAGGUGCUCACGUUUGUGGCAUUAUGGCUAAUUAUCUUCUCUUCAGAAUGCACAGAAUAAUUGGCUUGGAUCCCGCGCGACCACUCGUCCGACCAGGCUUGGUGAACCACUUGGACGCCGGUGACGCCGAUUUUGUCGAGGUGAUACACACCAACGCGGGCUACUACGGCGAGGUCGGUCGCGUCGGCCACGUGGACUUUUGCGUAAACGGCGGCAAAGUGCAGCCCUUCUGCGUGGGCCAGGAGAUGUACCAGCUGUGCAGCCACGUGUGGGCGGUCUGCUUCAUGGCGCAAAGCGUAGACAACGGUGGCGCGAGCAUGAUAGCGGAGUCUUGCUCCAGGAGGUGCCCGUCGGGCCCGAGGAUCGCCGCCAAGGCGGGAGAGUACCUGACGAUGGGUCAGCACACCCCGAUCCACGCCAGGGGCUCCUUCUGCUUCAACAAUCCCGACCCGCCGUACUGCCCGAGAUACUGGAACGGUCACGGCGACGAGAGGUGCUGCGUCCCGGAGGCAACGAGCAACGAGGAGGAGAUAGAGGAAAACAACGUCAAGUACGACAACUCGACGGGACGUCCGAAUUCUACGAGGCGAUCGAACCUCGAAUUCGACUUGAGGCGACGUCGACGUGUCGUAUAAUCGAGGAGAAAUCGCCGUUAUUACAUAUACUGCACUCCUUCCUGAAUUCAAUCCUGAUUCACUCGAUGAAUAAUUUAAAUUAAUUUAAAUGUGUUAGAUAUAUAGUAGAGAAGCUCUCUAUAACUGGAUUUUUGUAGUCCUGAAGAAAGCUGCCUUGAAGAAGAAAAAUGUCUCUUCUAGAUUUGAGUCCUAUACGGAGACGUGGUUUCUCGCGAUGAAAUCCAAAAAUGGAAAUGAUCUCUACACUCCCAAAUAGACUUUCUAAAUUCCAUUAGAAAAAAAAUCUAUUUUACGAGAUUUGAAAAGGCGUAAUUUCUCGCGUAAUUUGUGUUUUGAUGAGCGAGUGAAGUGUUUAUAUCUACGCAUCGAUUCUCGUGCCAAUAGGAGACACGCAACCGAUUUGGGAAUGCGAGAUUAUUAUGUAUUCACACCGUGGCCGCAUGUUCCGGAAAAAUUCUAUAGUCGCAAUCACACUUGGCAAUCCGUAAUCCAUACCGUUAUAUGCUCCACUAAAUAAAUUUAUCCGCGGCAAUAAUGAGCGAUCGAUCGAUCGAGCGUCGCGCUUUUUGGAUUCUAUAUUCUCUCUUUCUCUCUCUUUGAGAGACCCACAUAAUUAUCCAAUAAAAUUCAAUAAAAU